AUGGCCAAGUCAAGCAUGAUUGGUGGCUGUGCAGCAUUCGGUUUGACCUUGCUCUGCGCCACCUUCAUCGUCCUCAUUCUCUUCUUCGCCGUGACUCAGCCACGCCACAAGAACGAUGCCGAGGCCAAGGCCUGCGACACAGAGGACUGCUUCGUGCACGCGAGCCUCCUCAAGGCCAGCCUCAACCUGAGCGUCGACCCGUGCUACGACUUCUCGGCUUUCGUCUGCUCGAGCUGGGCCGCGAAGCAGACGGAGUUUCGCGAGAAAGUACACUCGGUCAUGGACAGCCUGCAGUACUCAUGGUACCGCCACUUCGACGACACUUUGCGCCAUGGCUCAGUCAAGCUCCCCGUAGGCAAAAAGCCGUUGGCGAUGUACGAAAUGUGUUUGGCCGGCUCCUCGUCAACCAACAGCGCUCCGUUUCUGUACAUAUUUUUUUACGAUGAGCUAGCCAAAUGGAAUAGUAAAGACGUUUCGGCAUUAAGCUUGGCCGUACGGCUUGCCUACAAGUGGCAGGUACCCCUCUGGCUCGCGGUCACAGUCUUUGGUGGCCGCCAAUCAUCGACCGGGAGGCGACGAGUUGCUGUCAGGCCCGGCACCUACCUUCCUAUAAUGCUGAGCCACCACCGCCUCGUGGCAGACUCUUACGUCCAGUACAUGAAGUCAUUCAUAGCGGCCUACCUGCAAAAUGGUGGUGCCUUGACCUUGACUGAUGACGAAAUCAAUGCUAUUCGGGAUUUGGAGGCUGACCUGCUCGGCCAGUUGAACUCGGUUCGCGACCAAAGGAACAAACCUGCUGUGCUCACCUUCGGCGAAUUCGACGCGAUGAUCCCUAACAAAGGCCACUUGAUGCACAACUUUCAGAAUGCCCUUUUCCUGCAGCCGCAGCUGACGCCACAAGACGAGGUCAUCCUUAGCGACGUUCGUUUUUUCGAGAUUCUAGUGCGACUCGUGGCCAAGUAUGGCGACAAGAACUUGAAGUCUCUCCUCGUGUGGCAGUUUACGCAGCUGUACUCUCCGCUCGGUGACCUCCGCCUCUUGACGGUUCGCUACGGAAGCAAGUCGACGGCGGAGAUCUACCUUCACGCGUUCUGUGCACACCAGGUGGAGGCCUCGUUCAAAGUCCUCGUGCUUUCGCUCGCUGUCGCCGCGAGCUUCGCUGCAGAACACCGCAAUAACAUCGAUGCCCGCUUCGACGGUCUCGUCUCCGCGGCUGUGAGGAAAGUGAACAGCUGCGCCUGGUUGGACGAAAAAAGCAAGGCAAGUAUGGUCGACAAGCUGGUGCUCGUUAAAAAGCGGAUGUGGCCACCGCAGUCACUUCUGGCGGAAGAUGUCCUGGAGAAGAUAUACGCUGGUGUCUCCGAAAACGAAACGUCGCUCGUUGACUUUUGGAUCAAGACACGCAGGAUCAUGUUCGAGGUGAACGAGACGACCGACUACAACUAUGCGUCACGCCUCCUGGGCAACAACUUCCCGUUGUACAUUGACUACGAUUACGUUUUCAACAGCGUUAAUGUGGCCACUGGCGUCGCUGCUGCUCCGGCUUACUACAGGAACGGCACGGCCGCCAUGUUCUACGGCGGCCUCGGUUUCCUCAUGGCCAUGCAGCUGGUCAAGUCAAUAGACGAAGAAGGGGUCCAGUGGAAGGCCGCCAAAUCAAUGGUCGACUCCAUUUUGUCGCAUUCCAGUCACCCCGCGUAUGACGAAAGGGUCCGCUGCCUUAAUGAAUCUGGGGCAAAGAGCCUGUUUCCGGAAAUACCCGCUCUCGAAAUCGUCAAUUCCGCCUUCGAAGAAAGAACCCUUGUCGGCGAAUCGGAGCAUCUUGCGCUGAGCCCAGAGCUGCCAGAAGGGAAAGUUUUCUUCCUGACGAUCUGCUACAUGACCUGCGCAGCACCCGGCCACUCGAACCCUAUGGCAGCCGACUGCAACAAGCUGGCGCAGAAUUCUCAGUAUUUCGCCAGGGUUUACGAUUGUCCAAAAGGAUCCAGAAUGAACCCAGAGAAGAAAUGUUCUUUUUUCGAUUGA